CUUCCACUCAUACUGGUAUGUUCUGGACGAGGUCACGUGGGGAGGAAGAUGGCUGCUCUCUGAAAGGGAAGGGAGUUGCGGGUGCAGUUGCUGCCGGGACCCAAGCCCACAAGUCACCUUGGCUGGCCUGGCAGAAGCCUUCGGAGUUCAAGCACCAUGGUAACAGAGAAGGAAGUAGAGGCCAUCGGGCAGACCCUUGUGGAUCCCAAGCAGCCCCUGCAGGCCCGUUUCCGAGCCCUGUUCACCCUUCGGGGGCUGGGUGGUCCUGAGGCCAUUUCUUGGAUCAGCCAGGCCUUCGGGGAUGAGUCAGCCCUACUAAAGCAUGAGUUAGCCUACUGCCUGGGCCAAAUGCAAGACACUAGAGCCAUCCCUGUGUUAGUAGAGGUACUGAAGGAUACCAGCCAGGAGCCUAUGGUGCGGCAUGAGGCUGGAGAGGCUCUUGGAGCCAUUGGCAACCCCGAAGUGUUGGAGCUUCUGAAGGAAUAUGCCAAGGAUCCUGUCAUCGAGGUGGCAGAGACAUGCCAGCUGGCAGUGCGACGGCUGGAAUGGCUGCAACAGAAUGGAGGGGAGCCCACAGGGAGCCCCUACUUGUCUGUAGACCCGGCCCCACCAGCUGAGGAGAAGGACGUGGGGCGUCUUCGGGCCUUGCUGCUGGAUGAGUCACGCCCACUCUUUGACCGCUAUCGGGCUAUGUUUGCUCUGCGAAACGCUGGGGGCAAGGAGGCUGCACUGGCCCUUGCAGACGGUCUGUGCUGUGGCAGUGCUCUGUUCCGCCAUGAGGUGGGCUAUGUGUUGGGCCAGCUGCAGCAUGAGGCCUGCAUACCCCAGCUUAUAGCUGCCCUAGCCAGCCAAGCCGAGAACCCCAUGGUACGACAUGAGUGUGCUGAAGCCUUGGGCUCUAUUGCCCACCCCGACUGUCUGGCAGCUCUUCGGGCCCACGCAGCUGAUGCGGAGCGUGUAGUGCGUGAGAGCUGUGAGGUGGCCCUGGAUAUGUAUGCCUAUGAGAAUGGGCCUGAAUUUCAGUAUGCCAAUGGCCUCAGCCAGCUUCACCAGCCCUCUCCUGUGCUGGAUGGAUUCUCCUGACUUUGUAAACCUACCGCUGCCAUGCUCUGGUAGCUUCUACCAUCACCUGCUUUGGCCUUAUCUUUCCUGCUCCUGGGCCUACUUUGUCCUCGCUCGAGAAUGGCUACCCAUUAGACUCAGCUGAAAGGGGUUGAAAACAGGAAAUGACCUGGGUGGGUUGGAAGAGGUUAGGAACAAUUGGGAUCUUCUGGGAAGGGAACAUCUAUCUGUUGGGAGAUGCCAGAAUCUGUUAGGAGCAGGGUCAGUUCUUUGGGGAACAUAUCUGCAUCUGUUGGCAUGAGAUCAAGAUUUCCUUCAAGAGAUGUUCAUCUCUAUUGGGAUAGGGGCUUUUGGGAGCAGUUUGGGAUCUUUUUAGGGACAGAAGAGAACCAUUGGAAUGGGAUCAGGGUUUUAUUAAAAGGUGUUGGGAUCUAUUGAGAUAGGGCCUGUUGGGAACAGAUUGUGGUUUUUGGAAUUCUCUGUUGGGAGAAUUUAAUGGUAAUAUGGGAUCUAGGUUUACUGGGAGAUGUUUGCAUCUGGAUUGGUUGGGGGAAAAGGCAUAUAGCUUUUCCACAGUCGAGACCUUCUGGAGGAAGCUCUUUCUGAGUUGCUGCUGUCCACCUGACCAUAUGUUCCAGACCAUCUAGGCAACUUGGAGAGGGAAACCCACCCACAUGUACUCCCUUUCCUACCAUCUACUAUACCUGUCUGGAAGGGAAAUCUUCCAUGGGCAUAGAUAGUGCCUGCACAGUUAGAUGAUUGGGGUGGGAGUCUUUGAGGGACGUGGAAGGGGGUGGAUCACAAAGUGGGCAGAGUUCUGAAGUGGAUUCUUCCCAGGGAAAGGAGAGGUGGGCUAGGGCCUGGGGGAGAGGUGAGAGCAGGAGGUCUGGGCUUGAGUCGCAAGGCACAAAGGCCAUCUGAACCAAAUAUUAAAUUAUAUAUCUGAGAAAA